AUGAGUGAUUUAGAUCAACUCCGACAAGAAGCAGAAGCUUUAAAAAAUCAAAUCCGGGAUGCUCGUAAAAAAGCGGCCGACACUACUUUGGUUGCGGUAACCGCUAAUGUUGAGCCUGUUGGUAGAAUCCAGAUGCGAACGAGGCGUACUUUACGGGGUCAUUUAGCUAAAAUUUAUGCUAUGCACUGGGCUUCUGACUCUAGGAAUCUCGUAAGUGCCUCACAAGAUGGUAAACUGAUAGUCUGGGAUUCAUACACCACAAAUAAGAUACACGCUAUUCCCCUGCGUUCCAGUUGGGUUAUGACAUGUGCAUAUGCUCCAUCGGGAAAUUAUGUCGCUUGCGGCGGUUUGGAUAAUAUCUGCUCAAUAUAUAGUUUAAAGACCAGGGAGGGCAAUGUACGCGUCAGCAGAGAGUUACCUGGUCAUACUGGAUACCUAUCUUGCUGCAGAUUUAUCGAUGACACAAAUAUAGUUACCAGCUCUGGUGAUAUGACCUGUGGUUUGUGGGAUAUAGAAACUGGACAUCAAACAACGUCAUUUACUGGCCACACUGGCGAUGUAAUGAGUUUAUCUUUAUCAACCGAUAAUGCCAAAGUAUUUGUUUCUGGUGCUUGUGAUGCUUCUGCAAAGUUGUGGGAUAUUCGUACUGGGCAAUGUCAGCAAACAUUUACUGGUCAUGAAUCUGAUAUUAAUGCUGUUGCAUUCUUCCCAAAUAGCAAUGCUUUUGCAACUGGUUCAGAUGAUGCUUGCUGUAGAUUAUUUGACAUAAGAGCUGAUCAGGAACUAUGUGUCUAUUCACAUGACAGUAUCAUAUGCGGAAUUACGUCCGUGGCCUUUUCGAAAAGUGGUCGAUUGCUUAUGGCUGGAUAUGACGAUUAUAACUGUAACAUUUGGGAUACUUUGAAAGGUGAACGUGUUGGUGUUUUAGCUGGUCAUGACAACCGUGUUAGUUGUUUGGGGGUAACGUGUGACGGCAUGGCUAUCGCAACUGGCAGCUGGGACAGUUUACUGAAGAUUUGGAAUUAGAUAACGUUAUUACAUGAAAAGAAGAAAAUUAAUAAAAUAAAUGUAUCACUACUCUAAAAUGAUAGUUCACACCCAACGGUAGAGUAACAGAACACAUCAGAAUACAGAAAACUCGUGUAAAACAUCUCAUGAAAUAUCUAGUGUUUUACUUUUUAUGCAGUUUGUGAAAUCUCUUAGCUAUGUUAGCUCGAUUAUAUGACUUA